AAUGUUAACUUACAGGACAGUGAAGGUUAUUCACCAUUACAUAUUGCGGUAGUCAGGAAUCAUGAAGACAUUGUAAAGUAUUUAAUAGAGAAUAGAAACUGUAAUGUUAACUUACAGGACAGUGGAGGUUAUACACCAUUACAUAGAGCGGUAGUCUUAUAUCUUAAAUGUAUUGAUAUUUUACUCAAUCUUGGUGCAGACGUCAAUAUACAAGAUAAAGGCGGGAAAACAGUUUUAAUGUUGGCUUGUAUGAAAAAUGAUAGAAAAUUGUUAGAAAAACUAUUAAUACAUGGAGCUGAUGUUAAUAUUGUAGAUAACCAUGGUCGAUCUGCUCUACAGUAC